CGCGUCCACGAAAUUGUCAGUCGAGGAGGAAAUUCGAGGUAGUGCGCAGAUCCACCGCGCACACGUAGGCCGAUCCUCUUUUGUGGUGCGAACGGCGUCGUGGUCGUUCGUCCGAAUCAUACGGCGGCUCGUCCGAGCACGAUUAACACGUUGUGUAAUUCGUGGUUCCUGCUGGUGUCUGGCGAUCAAAGAUCGAGUAACGAUCGUAGGCAGGGAAAUUCUUUGCCUGGAGCGGAGCCCCGGUGUCGAUGAAGAGAACCACGUGAUCGUAACCGGUUCGAUAAUGCGGCCGAUUGGUUGGACGCUGGCGUGCGCGUUGCUCGCGACUACUUUUCCAAAAAGUGCAAUCCUGUCGAACGUCCAGAGUGUUGGUGUCGCUGCGGGUUACCAGCACGAGGCUGGACGCGCCAAAGUCACCAAACUGUUGCCGAUUUCCAAGGACACGACCGUGGACCCCGAUAUCCAGGAGCUGAGAAAAUUCCUCGACGAUUUGUUCGUCGGUGGAAGGAACAAGGUUCCAGCAAACAGACAAGCUCGAACGUUUGGCCAGAAGCGAAUCCAAUUUAUGUUAAUGCCGAUGAUGUACAAAAUGGGAGCGAUGAUGACAAUGCUGACCGUUUUGACUCUGAUCUCGCUGAAGGGAUUGCUCAUUGGUGCCAUACUAUUGAUUCUAAAACUCAGCACGAUAAUAGCCAAGUUUACCUCUGGUGGGCAGCACAAUGCGCAGCUUGCUCAACCGAUCCACGUGCACGUUCACAACAGCCUGCCGACAGCUCACAAUCAAGCAUACAAUGGAUGGAUGUCGGCAAGCGGACCAGAAAACGCGGGAGAACAUUACUACUACAGAGGAUGAUGACGAAUUCUUCGACGAUAUCUUUCGCUCGAAAACUGUCU